AUGGCGACGAGCUUUGUGCUGAGAAGUGCUCCGAAGGCUUGGGUCGAUAGAAACAGAGAGACCCAGUUUGCAGAGCAGAAAGUGGGGUCUGUGAAUUGUGGUUGGCAAUGGCGGCCGUGCCUUAGUUAUAGGGUUUCGUUUUGUAUUGCACAGAAAAAGAGGAGCUUUGUACCAUUGGCGAGUUCUUCUUCUUCGUCUGCUUCGUUUUCUCCGAAGACCAAGCUCUACGUUAGUGGGCUUUCGUUUCGUACCACUGAAGAAAGUUUGCGAAAUGCUUUCCAAAAUUUUGGACGACUUGUAGAAGUCAAUCUGGUGAUGGAUAGGAUAGCAAAUAGGCCAAGAGGAUUUGCAUUCCUCCGCUACGAAACCGAGGAGGAAUCUCAAAAGGCUAUCAAGGGAAUGCAUGGAAAGUUUUUGGAUGGCAGAGUAAUAUUUGUUGAAGAGGCAAAGCCCAGAUCAGAGCUACGUCAAACCCCCAGACAAAACCCACGACAGUAUUAAAGUUUAGUGUAGUGUCCACUUUUGGCUAAGUUCUGCUAGCACACACCAACUGGUAAGAUACCAGAAAUGGUAUGCUUCGGAUUUGCAGUUCAGUCAGAAAAGCGUGUAAGAUUAUUCUUUUGUAUGCUGAUAACUCUUUGUAUAUUGACUACCUGAAACUAUAAAUGGCACAAUUCAGUUUUGC